UAUUUGAGGUAGGCACCAUGUCUUUCACUAUUUUAUGCUUCUGAAAGUUCUCAGAAAGAUGUUCCGAUGUGAAUCCCUCCACCCCCGGUCUUUCAGAGUUUAUCCUUGAGCUCAAGGAACAUCAAAAUAAUUCUUUGAAAAAGAAGAGCAUCCUGGAGGAUGAGGCAGGCUGCACCCCUGCCUUUAGCGAAAAUGCCCUAUAUCAAUGCCCUUCUAAUUCAUCAAAAGCACCUAUAUGCUCCCGGGAGCAAAACACCUCCUGAACCUUGAUGCAAUCCGCUGGCUCACUUCCUGCUCUCGGCUGGACCUGUACUCCCCGGGCGAGGCGGCUGUCUACUGGACUUUCAGGCCCGAGAGAAGGAAAUCCACAUCCACACGUAGUCGAGUAAGAAGGCUGGCAGGCUGCGUAUAAACGUGCUGGAUAAGACCACGAUCCGGAUCUGCAACCAUUUAACCUUUCAGCACCAGGGUCUCCCCGCCUGUCAAGGGGAAUAAUAAUACCUGCCUCCUACGGUUGUUGUGAGGGGUAAAUGAGUCAGUCCACACAAAGCGCUUGGAACAGCGCCUGGCUGGCAAACAGCGAACUUAAUACAUUACAACCUUUUAACUAAGGGCACCUGCAACGUUGCAAUAUUUUGCCUGGGAAUGAAACAGCUACAAAACUUGGGAUCCCGGGAGCUGGGGCUAUGGGUGGAGACCUGGAGAGGCAGGGUAAAAAGAUACCCGGUUAGGAUCAAAGGAAUACACCGAACGCCACUGACAGCCUCCGUUUCUGGCCUCGGGUCUCCUCCACGGUUCCUUCUUGAAGGAGUCGGAGCGGGGAGCGGCGCAGCACAGCCUUUCUCCAAUCAGACACCCCAAGGCUGGCGCCACGUAUGCGACCUGAUCCAAUCUCAUGCCUCGGAGGGCGGGAACGCAGAGUGCCUACCUGCACCUGUGGCAGCUGUGGCCGCCUGCGGGUUUUUGUUUUUGUUUUCUUUCUUCCCGCUGCCCCGGGGUUCUGGUUUCUCACAUCACUUGGCGAAUAACCAGCAGGCCUCGGCUCCCGCCCCGCAACGCGCUUGCGGGAGGCCGGCGAACCGGCGGAGUGGAAUCCGGAGGCCACGGGGAGAGGGCGGCCGCUGCCGCCGAGGCCCUUUCCCACCGGCGGCACCGCGGGCCCGCGGCCGGCUGGCAUGGCCGACAGCGGCGACACGGGCAGCUCGGGCCCCUGGUGGAAAUCGCUAGCCAACAGCAGGAAGAAAAGCAAGGAAGCCUCGGUUGGAGCGCAGCCUCCCUCCCAGCCUGCCCUGGGGGAGCCCGCGCCGCCUGCGCCGUCCAGCCCGGACUGGACUAGCAGCUCCCAGGAGAAUCAACACCCCAAUCUCCUCGGGGGCUCUGGGGAUCCCCACAAGCCAGACAAGCUGUGCGGGGAGAAAUCCGGCAACAGCCGCCGCAGUUUGAAGAUCUCGCGCUCCGGCCGUUUUAAGGAAAAGAGGAAAGUGCGAGCCACUCUUCUCCCUGAGGGAGCCAGGUCCCCAGAGGAGGCGGGCUUCCCCGGUGACCCCCACGAUGACAAGCAGUAGCUGAAGCCCUCGAGGACUGCCUCUCUUCCCACCACUGCCCUCCAUUCCCCAUCUAAACCCGAGAAUCCUGGCCUGCCCCUGUACUUGGUGUCUCAUCCCACCAAAUUCAGAAUAUUCACACAAGCCCUCCACUAUUUUAUAUUCCUGGAAACUCACAUGUCAAUUGAGUUUUCAAUAGUUCAUAACUCAAGGAUGCAUUAAAUAGUUGUGAUCAGAGAAAACACCUUCCGCAGAGGAAGUUGGCAUAAUUUUUUUCCCCAAAAAGCCAUUCUGGGGCCUCAACCCCUUGUGUCACCUGGGGAGUGACAAGAGUCCUUUUCUAAGAGAUGGUGGCUUAAGUGGACCUGCACAGCUCCUCAAAUGAGGAAUCCCUGCUCUGAUUCUGGACUCGCUAUUGUAAAGCAAAUCACAGUGCUGUUUUAAAUGCCCAAGAAAUGCACUUUAGAAGUACUUCUGUAGACUUACACCCUAAGUGAAGGGACAGGAGAAACAGGAAGCAUUCUUAAGUAGAAGCAUUUUAAGUAAGGCAAAAUUGCUUUCAAUGUUGAUCUACAAAACUGUGCUGUCUAUUUUAGUGUGGAUUAUUAAAAUUGUUGUACUGUAAGGCUGAA